AAUUAUUUGUACCAGGUUGAAAUUGAUAGAUCCGUGGACCAUAACGAAGCAAUGGAACUCUUUGUUGAGUAAAGUGGUGCGAAAUCCCAUUUUAGACCGAAUUUUGUAGAAUCAAGUGUACAUCGUCAUAGCGCGUAUUGUAACCUGCUGAUUUUAUUUACAAUAGCAGCUAUCGUUUUGCCUUUGGCUCAAUUUGUUCAGUAGUUAGCUAACGCUAUCGGGUUAGCUGCAGUUCGGGGAGGAUGUCGCUUCACGGCAAAAGAAAAGAAAUCUAUAAAUACGAGGCGCCAUGGACGGUGUACGCCAUGAACUGGAGCGUACGGCCAGACAAGCGCUUUCGACUGGCACUGGGCAGCUUUGUGGAAGAGUAUAACAACAAGGUCCAGCUGGUGGGUCUGGAAGAGGAGAGCUCAGAAUUUGUCUGCAGAAACACAUUUGACCAUCCCUACCCCACCACUAAGAUCAUGUGGAUCCCUGACACAAAGGGUGUAUACCCAGACCUGCUGGCCACCAGCGGAGACUAUCUGCGCAUUUGGAGGGUCAGCGACACAGAAACACGCCUUGAGUGUUUGUUGAAUAACAAUAAGAACUCUGACUUCUGCGCGCCACUCACCUCCUUCGACUGGAAUGAAGUUGAUCCCAAUCUGCUUGGUACGUCCAGCAUUGACACCACCUGUACCAUCUGGGGCUUGGAGACUGGCCAGGUGCUGGGACGAGUAAACCUGGUCUCUGGACAUGUGAAGACCCAGUUGAUCGCUCAUGACAAGGAGGUGUAUGACAUCGCCUUCAGCCGUGCAGGAGGUGGCAGAGACAUGUUUGCAUCUGUGGGAGCUGACGGGUCUGUGCGCAUGUUUGACCUCAGGCACCUAGAACACAGCACCAUCAUUUAUGAAGACCCCCAACACCACCCACUUCUCCGUCUUUGCUGGAACAAGCAGGAUCCCAACUAUUUGGCUACAAUGGCCAUGGACGGCAUGGAGGUGGUCAUCCUAGAUGUACGUGUUCCUUGCACACCGGUGGCUCGGCUGAACAACCACCGUGCGUGCGUUAACGGAAUCGCCUGGGCUCCUCACUCUUCAUGUCACAUCUGCACCGCAGCCGACGACCACCAGGCUCUGAUCUGGGACAUCCAACAGAUGCCACGGGCCAUUGAGGAUCCCAUCCUCGCGUACACAGCAGAAGGGGAGAUCAACAACGUGCAGUGGGCAUCCACACAGCCGGACUGGAUCGCCAUCUGCUACAACAACUGCCUAGAGAUCCUCCGUGUCUGAACUGCAGACAUUUACUGUACAUGUGAAGGAGUUUUUUUUAAUUUCAGAUUUGUACUUGUAUUUUUUUUUCUUCCAUAUUCCUCAUUGUUAAUACCAGGACGGGGCUGUGACUGAACUGUGUGAAUGUGUUUGGGAAAAAUCAAGUACCCACUCAACAUUCACGUUUUACAUUUUCUUCCACGGUACUCCGUUUUUUCUCGAUUAAACAUCUUUGAGCUCUUAUUUAUUUGCUCGUAAGGUAGAGUUUAUCAGUGCAGCAGCAGUCAGAAGGUUCUGAACCGUCAUCUUUGAUGGAGACACUUGUGUUUUUUGGUGUGCGAUUUUGCGCAAGGAGAAAUAAUCCUUUAAAUGUCAAUUGUUGAAUCUGUUUAACAAACCAACAUCCAACAACAGCAGUGGCAGAUAAACCUUUAUCGACAGAUAUACUACAGACCAUGUCGGCGCCUUCUUGUGAACUGCUGCCGAAUCAACAAUUAGUAUAUUAUAAUGCAGUCAUUUUAAAAAUUUCGAAUGCAUUUGAACUCCGUAGUCACUCUAGACACUCCUGUGUAAAUGUACAUACGUCGUCACAUGGUGUGUUGAUGUGUAGCUGCAGAAGCGGUGAGGCAGAUGCGCGACAGUGAGAACCUACCAGAGCGAUGCUGUUCAGCUCCUUCCUUCUUUUUCAUUGACUUGUUUCUGUCAGUGUUUGAAACCUGUGUUAGAGUGAGAUGUCAGAUGAGAGGGUGGAACAUCUUUGUGUGUGUGUGUAUGCAGGUGUGUGUGUGUGGUCGCCUCUCUUUGCUGUUUUCCAUUACUUAAAGGGUCACGUCCUUGUAGCAUGCCAUUACAAGGCAUAAUGUACAUACAUAUAAAUAUAUGAAUGAUGUUGGUAAACCAAGUGUUGUUGUAGUAGCUUUUUUCAUAAAGUUUAUUAAUGAAUUUGCUCUAAUAAAUUGUAUUACUCUGUGUGUUAGAAGCAAA